AAUAGUGCUGUUGAGGUUUGACGUCUGAUCCAUUAAACCAGAGUGUGAUCACAUGACCUCGUAAAUCAGCUGGUUAAUGUUUACAGACGUCGUACGCUUCAGUUCAGUGUCAGUACAGAGGAGGAAGAGGAGGAAGAGGAGGAAGAGGACACGUCUACGAGGACGCCGUCCAGGUCCAGGACACAGUCUACCAACUCCAGCUGAUUCAUACGUCAUCAGGAUAACCAGUCUGAUCACAUGACGCCAUAAAACACUCAGACUAAAGGUUAAAUCUUCAUAAAACACAGACUUUCAGCUGUGAGUGAAGAUGGAGGAAGAUGAAGAUGUUGGACGUACGGAGACGCUUCUGGAGCUGCGACAAAAACCUGGAGACACCAGACACAGACCAGAGUCUGUGAUGUCCAUGAGGACUGACCGGUCCAGACAUGAGCCUCCGGACUUCAGACCUGAACCUGGACCAGGAUCAGGACCUGGACUUGGACCAUCCCGACACAGACCAGAGUCUGUGACGUCCAUGAGGACUCACCGGUCCAGACAUGAGCCUCCGGACUUCAAACCUGAACCUGAACCCAUGUUCAGAUCAGUGUCUCCAGUGUCCGAGGGUCUGUCUAUAAAGAGCAGCUCGUCCAUGGACGAACCGGAACACUUCACAAAUGAACCUGGAACUUCAGACACACCGAGUCCUAGACGAGACAGGAAGAGGACUCAUGGUCCUGAGGUGGACCCAGAGUCCUGUCGUUUGUGUCAGAAGGUCCUGGGUGAUCCAGUCUGGACCAGCUGUGGACACGGGUUCUGCAGACAGUGCAUCACUUCAUACUGGGACUGGUUGGGUUCAUCAGGAGACUCAUCCUGUCCCCAGUGUGAAGAACCAUCCAGAACCAGAACCAGAACCAGAGGUGGACCACAGAUGGACAGCACUGUACAAGAAGAACAUAAGCUCAUUCUGAGGAGCAGAUGUGAACGUGUAGCUGAAGGAACCGAUGAAACAGGAAGUGGAACCAGUCUAAACCAGAUCUACACUGAGCUCUACAUCACAGAGGGACAGAGUGAAGACGUUAAUACCCAACAUGUGGUGAGGACGCUGGAGACGGUUUAUGAGAAGAUCAUCCACGGCAAACCCAUCAGGUGUCAGGACAUCUUCAAAGCCCCUCCAAGCCAGCAGAAACCCAGAGUGGUUCUGACCAACGGCGUGGCUGGAGUUGGAAAAACCUUCUCGGUGCUGAAGUUCACUCUGGACUGGGCCGAGGGUUUAGAAAACCAGGACGUCAGUCUGGUGGUUCUGCUGUCCUUCAGAGAGCUGAACCUGGUCUCAGAUGAGCAGUACAGUCUGCUGACGCUGCUCCAUGUUUUCCAUCCAACAUUACAGAAGGUCACAGCAGAGCAGAUCACUGUCUGCAAACUUCUGUUCAUCUUCGACGGCCUGGAUGAAAGCAGACUGUCACUGGAAUUUAACGACUCUGAGGUGGUUUCAGACGUCACACAGAAGAAACCAGUCAACGUCCUGUUGACCAACCUCAUCAAGGGGAACCUGCUUCCAUCAGCUCUCAUCUGGAUAACUUCCAGACCUGCAGCAGCCAAUCAGAUCCCUCCUUCAUGUGUGGACAGGAUAACAGAAGUCAGAGGAUUCACCACUGAUGAGCAGAAGGAGGAGUACUUCAAGAAGAGAUCCACUGAUGAAGAUCUGUCCAAGACUAUCAUCUCAUACAUCAAGACUUCCAAAACACUCCACAACAUGUGUCAAAUUCCACUCUUCUGCUGGAUCAGUUCUAUGGUUCUGGAGCACAUGUUGACUUCAGACCAGAGAGGAGAUCUGCCCAAGACCCUGACCAACCUGUACUCACACUUCAUCAUGGUCCAGACAAAGAGGAAGAAGGAGAAGUAUGAAAAAGGACAUGAGACCGGACCAGAGGAGCUGACAGACGCUGACCGGGAAGUUCUUCUGAAGUUGGGUAGAUUGGCAUUUGAACAACUGAUGGAAGGAAACAUCAUGUUCUAUGACGAAGACCUGGAGCAGUGUGGUCUGGACGUCACAGAGGCCUUGGUUUACUCUGGAGUUUGUACAGAGAUCUUCAAAACAGAGAGUGUGAUGUUCCAGAAAACAGUCUACAGCUUUGUUCAUCUGAGCAUUCAGGAGUUUCUGGCUGCAGUCUACAUCUACCACUGUUACACCAACAGGAACUAUGAAGUACUGGAGGGGUUUCUGGAACAAUGGGACCGUAAUUCAACACUGGAUGCCUUUUUGAAAAAAGCCAUGGGAACGUCCCUGUCCAGUGAAAAUGGUCACCCGGACUUGUUCAUUCGUUUCCUUCAUGGCCUCUGUCUGGAGUCCAACCAGAGAGUUUUAGAAGAUCUACUGGGUCCAACAGAGAUCAGUCCAAAAACAAUACAGACAGUCAUACACAACCUGAAGGAGAUGAACACUGAUGAUAUCUGUCCUGACAGAAGCAUCAACAUCUUCCACUGUUUGACGGAGAUGAACGACCAAACGGUCCAUCAGGAGAUCCAAGAGUUCCUGAAGUCAGAGAACAGAUCAGAGAAGGAACUGUCUGAGAUCCAGUGUUCAGCUCUGGCCUACAUGCUGCAGAUGUCAGAGGCGGUUCUGGAUGAGUUGGAUCUGAAGAAGUACAACACAUCAGAUAAAGGACGACGGAGACUGAUACCAGCCGUGAGGAACUGCAGAAAGGCUCAACUUUCUGGAUGUGGACUCACAGAAGUUCACUGUGAAGUCCUGCUCAGAGCUCUGCAGUCCGAUCCUUCUCAUCUGACAGAACUCACCCUGAGUUAUAACACUCACUUAAAAGAUCCAGGAGUAAAGAUACUGGCGACUGGACUGCAGAGUCCACAGUGUGUACUGGAGAAGUUAAGGUUAACGAACUGUCAGGUCACAUGUGAUGGUUGUGGCUUCCUGGCAUCAGCUCUGAAGUCCAACCCGGUCCAUCUACAGGAGCUGGAGCUGAGCAAAAACUUCCUGCAGGAUUCAGGAGUGGAGCAGCUCUGUGAGGUUCUACAGAUUCAGCAAUCUGCACUGAGAGUUCUGAGGUUGCGGUUCUGCGGUUUGUCGCAGAUCAGCUGUUCUGCUCUGGCCUCGGCUCUGAAGUCCAGCCCCCCCCACCUCACAGAACUGGAUUUGAGUGAAAACCCAGACCUGAAGGAUUCUGGAGUGAAGUUACUGUGCGAUGAACUGCAGAAUCCACUGUGUCGACUCAAGACUCUGAGACUUGAAUGCUGCAGUUUGUCUCAGAUCAGCUGUUCUUCUCUGUCCAUGGUGCUGAAGUCCAAUCCUGCCCAUCUACAAGAACUGGAUUUAAGUAAAAAUAAACUGCAAGAUGUGGGAGUCGAACUACUGACCUCUGGAUUAGAAAACCCACUGUGUCGACUGAAAACUCUGAGGUUGCGUCUGUGCAGACUGUCUCAGAUCAGCUGUUCCACUCUGGUUUCAGCUCUUCAGUCUAAUCCUUCUCAUCUCGUAGAACUGGACCUCAGUGAAAAUGAUCUGCAGGAUUUAGGAGUGACUCAUCUGUGUGUUUUUCUGCAGAAUCCACACUGUAAACUGCAGACUCUGAAACUCAGCUGCUGUAAACUAACACACAUCAGCUGUUCGUCUUUGGCCUCAGCUCUGCAGUCCAACCCCAUCCAUCUGACAGAGUUAGACCUGAGUGAGAACAAACUGCAGGAUUCAGGAGUUCAACAACUGUGUACUGGAAUGAAAAUGCCUCAGUGCAGACUGGAAACCAUCAGGCUGAACCACUGUUCCAUCACAGACACAGGCUGUUCUUCUCUGGCCUCUGCUCUGCAGUCUAAUCCUUUCCAUCUCAGACUUCUGGACCUGAGGUCAAACCCCUGCAUUCAUGACUCAGCGUUAGAGUUCCUGUCUGCUGGACUGAGUCCAUACUGUGGACUGCACAUCCUCAGGUCGUAAACAGGGAGUAGACGGUCGUCAUGAAGAUGCAGAUGAACGUGGUCUUGGAGUUUUACACUGGAAACAAACAAUGCAGUAAAUGAACAGUUCAUCUGGUUUCUGUGAUUUCACAGCAGAAUGUGUGACGGUAUUAAACUGAACUGUGUCAGUGAAGGAGCAGAUCUGAAAACAGCUGUCAAUCAAACAGGA